CCCCCCCCCCCCCCCUCCCCACCCCAUCCCGAACACCACCAAGCGAUCGUCCUUCCCCACCCCCGAAUUAACCUCCCCCAAAUUAUUCCCGCUAUACCAGCCCGCACUUAAAACCUCCGAUCCCGCCCAUCCUCUGUCACUAUGCCAUCAGUCACGUCUAUCGCGGCUGCCUCCGAGCCCACUACGUCCGACGUCGCCCCCGCUUCCCUGUUGUUGUCGUCGUCGUCGUCCUCCUCUUCGGCGCCCGAUAGCAAUCCGCCCGGCAAUCAAGGCACGCGACCUACUUCCCCGCACCCGCCGUCCCCUUCCGCCGACUCAAAACCCGAGCCCGCCCCCGGCCCCGUCCCCGUCCCCGCUACUAUCGUUGCCACAUCCACCACAUCCACCACGACAAAUAUUGAUCUGGAAGAGGAGGAGGAGCUUAAGACUAGGUUACGACAUAGGCGGCUCGAGCUGGAUCACGAGAUUGAAGAGUUCAAGAUCCGGAAGGACGCGGAAUAUCGACGGUUCGAGGCAGCGUUACGGGCCGAGGCUAAGGCUAAACGAAGGGAGAAAGAAGCUGCCACCGCCGCCGCCGCCAACACAUCACUCACCGGUAGCAACAAACCCGGUGAACUUGUGGUGCCCAUCAGCUCAUUAUCGCCACUCGGCAGCAACAACAAUAACAACAACAACCUCAUCAGGCAGUCGCUUGCUCUCGCAUCUACGUCUCCCGGAACUCCGCCCGAAGUGAGGCUGCUCAGGCAAAAGUCGCCGCCGUUCGAGAAAGAGCUUCAAGUCGCCGGCCUAUUUGCACCCUCCUAUCUGCCACUUCUCGAAGAUAGACGCGGGGGCGAAUACGAUCCGUUGUCGUCGACUCCUACCACAACCACUACUUCCACCUCCACCGCCAUGGCUACCGACGUUCCCGGAGCGAAACCACCGUCUCGCAACAGCUCGCCCACAGCUCCGCCUGCGUCGUCGCUAAAGUCUUCGAGCUAUUUCGAUUCUCACGGACGCUCGGAAAGGAAACCAAAAUCGCCAAAGAAGGUGACGUUCCAAUUCGAGGACGAGAGCACUGUGCCGUCGCGGAGUAGUCCUCCGCCAACAAAAGUGACUUGGAACUUCGGCGUGGUGGAUGACGCCGAUGAUGUCGAUUACGAGGAGGUUGAAGAGGUGGAUUACACGGAACGCCCGCAUGACGCGGUCAUGGAGCACCUGAGGGCACAGAUGAUGGGACUCGAAGAUCGGCCUACGGUCCAGCACGUGGAGGAUAGAACGAUCCCGGCUAGCAUGUUUAGAAGUAUUGGGUCGAAUAGUCUUGGCGAUUUCUCAAGGUAUCAUGGCGAUGAGCUCGUCACGCCGACCCUGACGGGACUGGGACUCGGUGCUGAUCACUACAACGGCAUGGGCACUUCGACGAAUGACGCCAUGCCCUCGCGCCGCAACGAUUUAACUACGGGCUCUUGGACGUCCCAGCUCACCCCAAGUAACCUCAACGGCACCAUGAAGAUGAGCGAUAACGAUGACGAUGACGACGAAGGUCUCUUUGACCUCGACGAGACGGUUCCGGAUGCUCUACCGCAGACACCGCCGCAUCGGGACCUCUCGCCGCUGAUCGAAGCACAGCUGGCGGCCCAGCAGAUAGCUCCCGAAGCGGGUGAGAUCAACCUUGCAGCUUCGUUACGAGCAUCAUACGCAUCCAGAGCUGCUCCACCAAGCUCAAAAUAUUCCUUCUCGAAGGAGCCAUUCUCGUUCGGAAAAUCACCAGUGCCGGCGCCAGCCAUGACACAUUCCCGUUUCACGAGUCCUUUCAGCUCCUCUUUCACGCAGAACCCCAUGCGAACCAACGGAAGUGCGGCGGGCACGAUGGCACCACAUGCACGGAUCGCAUCAUCGCUUCCGGCCACCACGACAUGGGGCUUCGCGGCUAAUAAGGAUUCCGGGCACUUCCGGCGGAGAAGCAUCAACAAAUACAUUCCAUCGCCGCCUCCGGAAGAGGAGUCGGAGCGUGCUACUCCGGAACCGGAAGUCUUACUUGCGCGCUCUCCCUUCGGUACAUCCGUGCCGAUGGCCAUCACUCCGCGGCUCUCGUCCCUCCGUUCGCCGCCAGCAUCCACAUCCCCUCGCAACCAGCCCGCCGCCGACAUCCCCGAAGAAGAGCCCCCGAGUGGUGGCGAACCACUGACUUUCUAUGUUGACUACUCCGCCGAAGCCCUCGCCGCGUCACCACCCAAGCCGCGGGGCAGCUCGGAAUUGGACUCGUACAUGAAGACGGCCCGCUUCCCCUCGGCCAACAUGACUAGCAACAUCAUGUCUCCAUACCGAACACGGUUCGCGCAGGAGCUAGCGCAGCAGGCCCUGAUGGACGGCGAGGAUCCGAACGAGAGCUUUGUCGGGGGUGUCGAUGGCCGCACGGGGCUGGACCCGGAGAGCUUCAGUGUCCGUGGCCGCGCAAGCAGCUUCGCCAGUCCCAGCGCGAACCUUAAGAAUGCCGCCUGGAGUCUGAGCGCUCGCCUGGCGGUCGAGGAUGAGAUGGACGCUAGCAGACGGAUGUGAUGGUGCGUGAAGAGCGGGAUAUUACCUGUUACCGACUGAUUAUCAUGCUACUUGUUUUCCAUGUGGUUUGUUUCCUGUUUGUAUUUGCAUUGGAUUGGUGUUUUUGAGAUUUUAUUUUUCUUUUCUUUUCUAUUUUAUUUUUAUUUUCUGUCCUGUGUCUUUUAUUUUCUUGUUUGUUUCGUGUGGCGUACACGACUGAUGUCUGCUUGAAGGAGACGGAGACGGAGAUGAUGCGAUGGUUCGCGUGCGUAUUGUACAUAAGGGAAACUUUUAUGAGGUUUGACGGGUGCUUGGAUGCUUGGAUGAUGACGGUGAUGAGGAUGUGGCACUGGGGUUUCUAUAAAUAGAGGCGACGGCUGCGGUAGCAUGAGUUCGCACUCGCAGACAUACAUACAAACUAGAGAUCGAUAGACGGUUUGGUACAGGGUAAUUGAUGUCAUUCUGUGG